AAGGAACCUAGAUCGCGCAUUGACCAAUGGUAGGCGUGAUCAGUGGGCAACAGGUCAAACCCCUUUCCAUAACCGUGAUUGCAUGUUGUGAUAUGAUCUACAGGUGCCAAAUAACAAAGUAAGUUAUUGGAGUGAAGCCAUGACACAACCACAGUCUGCAACACUCGAUGGCCUACCGAAGCAAUUUGUGGUAGCAAUGCGGACACUCUUUGAUAUAAUGGAUGACAAAAGGACGGGCUAUGUCAAGUUUUCAGAAAUUGAAAAUCGUUGGCAGGAUGAUGGAACCAAAGGUCUUCCAAAAGGAGUCAUUGACAGUUUGCAGAAAGUUACUCCACCAAAUGGUCUACUGUCUUUCGAAAGAUUCUGUGCUGGUCUGAAAAUAUGUCUGCUUCGGAAUCAAGUAGAGAGCACACGAGGCCAGUCACACAAAGCUGAAUGCUCCAAUCCGCCUCAGCCAAUUCGUCCCCCAUCUGCUCCACUUCUUGAUGUUGAGUCAUCACCAAAACAGUCCUGGACUACAGCUAACACUGCUACUGUACACCCCAACAAUGCAAUGUCACAGCAGAGGACUCUGAGCAUGCCUCAACUUCUUGGAGAGAGGAAGGAGAACAUUCAGCCAGAUCUAAAUGAGCUGAGGAACUAUGCAAGUGAUGCAAAACUCAUAAUGCCCAGCAUGAAGCCUGGAGGCAUACUUUAUGGCCCUCCUAAACCACCCCGAACAGCUGCUGGACUGGAGAGGGCCAUGCUUGUCACAAAUAGUGAAAGAAAUCUGGGGACAGAGAGGAACAUGGAUAAAGCUGAAAUACGCACAGCUCUCCAGAACUGGCAGAUGGGUAUUAUGAUGAAUGAUCAUGAAGUGACGAAAACCAUGGGUUACACAGGAAGUUCACAGGGUGGACGGGGAUCAGGAGAUGGAAAACCUUCUGGUCAGCCAGAUCAGGUGGGAGUUCCUCACAAAAAAAUGACAGGACGAAGGAGAGAGCCACGGCGCCAUACAUUGCAGAAUGGAAUUGAUUAUAACAUGUUGAAAAGAAUGAAGCAGAUUGAACAGGAGAAAGAUGUGCUGAUGCAAGGUUUACAGGCAGUUGAAAGAGCCAGAGAAUGGUACUUAAAACAGGUGGCAGCAGUGCAAGAAAAAAUGAAGUAUUUAGGAAGAAUGGGAUCUCAUAUGGAGCAGUGGACUGAAGCACAGCAAGAACGCUUAGAGCUACAACGAGCCAGAGUUCUAGAAGUGAACAGGCACCUUGCCACUCUGACAGACAGCUGGGAGCGUGGAGGACUGCCCCUACACAUGAAUCUUGCUGUUCAUCAUGCAAGUCUAGCACCUCAUGAUAUUCUGUCACGUCUUAAACAACAAAACCAUCUCCUUACAGAGGAAGUGAGCAAAAAAAGUGAGCGGAUCACAGCCCUAGAGAGAGAGAAGGCGUCACUUAUUCGAGAAUUGUUCCAGACACGAUCUCAGAACAGAAGAACAAAUGAAGCUCAGGAUGAUGCUGCAUUCAUGUGAGGCGUUACGCAAGUGUUAACUGCUACAGUGAUUGAUCAGAUCGUGUCACAGGCCGCUGUAGCUCUGUUUCUAGUUAGUAUUCUGUGAUGUUAGGGUGCAGUGGACUUUUGUUGGUUUAUUUCUUUCCCUUAAUUAGUAACCCUCAUGUUAAUACCCGUAUGGGCUGCGCCAUAGCUCAAGCGGUUAGUCGCUGGCUUCCCACCGUGGCAGCCCGGGUUCGAUCCCGGGUCUGGUC